AUGGUACUCGCGGUAAAACGAGCUAACGAGUUGUCUUUAGUAGUUGGCAGUCACCAGAUCAAUAAAGGCGGCGAACGUUACAAGAUUAAGAAAUUGGUCCUUCACGAGAAGUAUUCUAAGCCGAAAAUAAAGAAUGACAUAGCCAUCAUACAGAUCCAAGGCAAAUUCAAAUUCAGCGAUAAGGUUCAACCCAUUGAGUUGUUAAAAGAAAUGGCACCCAUUGGAAAGAAAAGUCUCUUGACUGGAUGGGGAUACGUAAACUAUGGUGAUUCUGGCGGUCCUCUGGUCAUUCAGGACAAUAACAACAGAAUUCGUCAAAUAGGAGUCGUGUCCUGGGGAUAUCCCUGCACCGGCGACUUUCCUGAUCCAACGACUAAAGAAAGAUGA